GCUAUUCCUCUGGGGAAGGGAAAAAGACACCCCUUCGUUCCUACAGAGGUCUCUUUAGAUACAUUAUGAGCACUCUUUUUAAGUAUGGGUCUAAAGUUUCUUUUCCACUUGCAUAUGCACACAACAUAAAAAUGGGUGGUGGAGGUCGUAGCAACAGCUCCAAGAGGAAAGCUAGUUUGCUAAAGCACGAGAACAACGAAAAUCCUUUGUUAUCAGACGAUUCUCGUCGGAAGUCAAAUCGCCUGAUAUCCUCUCAAGAACAAGAUGUAGAAGAAGAAGAAAAACCAAUGGAAAACAUCCAAGCUCCCAUAAUAUUUUCCUACAACGAUCGCAUUCGCCCAUUGCUUGAUGUAGUUGAUAGGCUGCGCCAUCUGAAAAUCACAGAAGAAGGCAUCCAGUUGCCCACCAUUGUGGUGGUUGGCGACCAGUCGUCCGGCAAGUCCAGUGUUCUUGAGUCCCUUGCAGGGAUUAGCCUGCCGAGAGGCCAAGGCAUUUGUACAAGAGCUCCUCUCAUAAUGAGACUGCAAAAUCAUCAUAAUUCUCAGCCAGAAAUUUUCUUGGAGUAUGCUGGAACCAUAGUGCAUACUGAUGAGGAACACAUUGCUGAUGCUAUUACUGCUGCAACUGUUGCUAUUGCUGGUAAAGGGAAAGGGAUUUCAAACAAUCCCUUGACGCUGAUUGUGAAAAAGGAAGGCGUACCUGAUCUUACUAUGGUUGAUUUGCCUGGAAUCACUCGAGUUCCCGUUCCUGGCCAGCCUGAGGAUAUCUAUGAGCAGAUUUCCAAGAUUAUCAUGGAGUUCAUCACACCAGAAGAGAGUAUCAUCCUGAAUGUUUUAUCUGCAAGUGUCGAUUUCUCCACUUGUGAGUCCAUUAGGAUGUCUCAGCGGGUCGACAAGACCGGCCAGAGGACUCUCGCAGUUGUCACAAAAGCUGAUAAAUCUCCGGAAGGCCUGCCGGAGAAGGUUAGUGGGGAUGAUGUUUAUAUAGGGCUGGGUUAUGUCUGUGUGAGGAAUCGUGUUGGGGAUGAAUCAUACGAGCAAGCACGAGUUGAAGAAGCCCGGCUCUUUGAGAAUCACCCUCUUCUAUCAAGGAUAAACAAGUCCAUGGUGGGAAUUCCUGUUUUAGCACAGAAGCUGGUGCAGAUUCAGGCAAUGAUUAUUAUGAAGUGCUUGCCUGACAUUGUUAGGAAGAUCAACCACAAGCUCUCUGCCAAUGUCGACGAUCUGAAUAGGUUGCCAAAAAAUCUCACCUCAGUUGCUGAAGCGAUGGCAUCAUUCAUGUGUGUUCUUGGUUCUUGUAAAGAAUCCUUGAGGAAGAUCCUUGUGAGAGGAGAGUUGGAUGAAUAUCCUGAUGAAAUCGAGAUGCAUUGCACGGCUAGACUGGCGGAAAUGCUAGACAAAUUCUCUGAUGAACUGAGAUCUAAAAGUUUUGAAAGGAAUCGGAAAUCCAACUUUUUACUUGAAGAAAUUAAUGUUUUGGAGGAAAACAGAUCCAUUGGGCUGCCAAACUUCUCCCCUAGAGCUGCAUUCCUUACUUUGCUGCAGAAAAAGGCCAAGGAGAUAUAUAAUACUCCAUUUGAUUUUGUUGACAAGAUAUGGAGCUACAUAGAAGAAGUAAUGGAUUCUGUCUUGAGGCGACAUUCUGAUAAUUAUCCUCAACUCCUGUCGUCCUCAAAAAGAGCAGCACAUAACGUUGUUGCCAAGAAGAGGAAACUAUCAGUAGAUUGGGUUACUGAUAUUAUGGAGAUGGAGAAACUCACUGAUUACACUUGUAACCCUGAUUACGUGGCUGCAUGGAGUAAGCUCAUGGCUUAUCAGGGCCAGUUCAUGGCAGUAGUUAAAAAUCCUAAUAACCCACCAACUUUUAAGAAUGAUGUAUUUGGAGAAGUCAAUGUUGCCCAUCUACGUGGUCAUGGUAAGAUUGCUGAAGAAGCGUUUGACAUGAAAAUGAGGAUAACAGCCUAUUGGGAUAUAGUUCUGAGGAGAUUGGUAGACUGCAUGGCCUUACACUUGAAUUUUAGUGUUCAAAAUCUGGUGAACAAAGACAUGGAAGUGGAGUUCAUCAACGAGGUAAUGGGGCCGCAGGGCGAUGGCGUGAAGAGGAUGUUGGAGGAGUCGCCUUCUGUUGCUAAAAAGCGUAGGAGGCUGAUGAGCAGUAUCAAGUUGCUCAAGGAGUCCAAGGAUGUUGUUGACAAUAUUAUGGACAGAAUUGCGACUGAUAUCGAUUAGUUUGGACCUCGAUUUCGUGUUAUUUUCCGAAUAAUUUGCUUUUCAAUUUCAAGAUUCUGCUGUCUGAGUUUGCUGCUUCCCUUCUGCUGUGUACUUGUAAGCAUGAACUUCUAGUUGAUAUGACUUCCCGUACUCUACUGAGAUCUGAUUUGUAUUUUAAUCAUCCAGAAUUGUUGGUUGCUUCCUUGAUAUCAUGUCAUAAACAUUGUGCUGUAAAUUGAACCAUUACUUCCUUUC